ACUAGAUUAAUACAUAAGCUAGUUUUUUAGUUUUUUAUGUAGUAUGGCUACUCUGCUUAUUAAAUCAAGUACUCAACGUUUACAUUGCGUCCCUAAACAUUCACCAAUAUCUGAUUGUGAUGUAAAAAAUCUUUCUGAAUUUAUUUAUAACAAUGGAAAGUUGCUAGUUGUAACUGGUGCUGGUAUUUCAACUGAAAGUGGAAUUCCGGACUACAGAUCUGAAGAGGUUGGACUUUAUUCUAGAAAAAGAUUAAAACCUUACAGACCUAUUCAGCAUGGUGAAUUUGUUUCAGACAGUCGUAUCAGACAGAGGUAUUGGUUGAGAAAUUAUGUUGGAUGGCCCACUUUUUCAAAGAAAGAACCUAAUAUUACACAUUUUUCAUUAACCAAAUUGGAAAAUAAAAACAAGUUGGUUUGUAUAAUUACUCAAAAUGUUGAUAGUCUUCAUUUUAAAGCCAAAAGUAAAAAUGUUGUUGAACUUCAUGGUACUGCAUUUAGAGUAAAGUGUUUAAAUUGUGGUAUGAUUACAGAUAGAAAUGUCUUUCAAGAUACUUUAAAGAAGUUGAAUGAUGGAAUAUUAAUUGAAAAUUGUGUUACUAAUCCAGAUGGUGAUGUUGAUAUAGAUGAGAAUUUGGAAAAACACUUUACUGUUCCAGAUUGCUAUAAUUGUGGUGGGAUAAUCCAACCAGACAUUGUCUUUUUUGGAGGCACCAUACCCAAGGAAAGGCAUGCCUAUGUUGAAAAAAUUGUAGAUAAUAGUGAUUCAUUACUAGUUCUAGGUACCUCAUUGUCAGUUUUUUCAAGUUACCGCAUUUUAUUAAGAGCACAUGAAAGAAAAAAGUCUAUUGCAAUUGUGAAUAUCGGAAGUACAAGAGGUGAACAAUUCGCUUCUUUAAAAAUAAGUGGUAGAUGCGGAGAAAUUCUUCCUCUUGUUUGUUAAAAUAAAUAUUGAUUGCUUUCUGCUUUCAAAUAUUUUAUUUGUAAAUAAAAACUGCUUUAACCCAUAUUUUGUGUUCUUAUAUUAUUUUUAUUUGAGCAAGUUCUUUGUAUU